UGGUAAGGAUAACAGUAAAAAAAAAAAGGUGUGAACUUGGUGGUGGUCCUCCAGCAUCAUGUAAGGUAAACAACAGAGGCGCGUCAGCCGGUCAGUCAGGUGAUGUGACAACAAGAUUGGAGAGGACAACUUAUUAGUUGAUUGAAACAGUGAAUAAGACAUCAUGAGGUGUGUGGUGGUGCUGGUUGUGGCCACUGCUGUGGUUCAGGCUCGUGGACCCUUCCGUAAGAUGUUUCCUGACCACGGUGACCUGACCGUCCCAUCGUCUUCCUGGGAGUCUGUUGGUAAACCUCUCUUCUUGACUCCACUUCUUGAAGCUGGUAAAAUUAAGGAAGCGAGAUCCCUGAGUCGUGUGAGUCUUGGCCACCGCUAUGGACACAGCUUCUCCGGCUUCCUAACAGUCAACAAGAAAUAUGACUCAAACCUCUUCUUCUGGUUCUUCCCAGCGAGGGUUCGAGCAGAUAAUGCCCCAGUGAUGGUGUGGCUACAAGGGGGACCUGGUGGCUCCUCCCUCUUUGGACUGUUUGCUGAACACGGACCUUUCAACGUUGACGCCAGUCUGCACAUUGUACCCCGCAACACCUCCUGGACCAAGAACCACAAUGUCAUCUAUAUUGAUAACCCAGCAGGCACAGGGUUCAGCUUCACAAGAGAUGAUGCUGGUUAUGCCAGAAACCAGACAGAUGUAGGCAGAGACCUGUACGCUGCCAUUCUGCAGUUCUUCAUGUUGUUCCCGGAGCUGCAGCGCAAUGACUUCUUUGUCACGGGUGAAUCUUAUGCUGGGAAGUAUGUUCCAGCUUUGACCUACACCAUCCACAAGGAGAAUCCUACAGCAAAACUGAAGAUCAAUUUGAAAGGAAUGGCAAUAGGAGAUGGUCUUUGUGAUCCAGUGACCAUGACUGACUAUGGGGACUUCCUCUACAACAUUGGCUUGAUUGAUGACAAUGUCCUGCUGUACUUCAAGCAGCAGAGUGAAUUGGCUGUUUCCUAUAUACAACAGCAUCAGUGGCUCAAGGCCUUUGAGGUGUUUGACAGUCUUCUGAAUGGAGACAAGACGGGUUAUCCAUCGUACUUCACCAACGUGACGGGUCUCAGUUAUUAUUUUAACUACGUCGCUAAUGGUGAGCCUCAGGACAUGGAGUAUUGGACUAAGUACAUCAAUAAACCCACUGUUCGUCGAUCCAUCCAUGUUGGAAACCUGACGUUCAAUGACGGCUCAGCAGUUGAGACCCACCUAGAGGAAGACAUCAUGAAGAGCGUCAAACCUUGGAUUGAGGAAUUGCUGGAUAACUACAGUGUACUGAUAUACAAUGGGCAACUAGAUGUAAUUAUUGCAUACACACUGACUGAGAACUUCCUCAACUCCCUGCAGUGGAAGAACGCUGCCGAGUUUAAGCAGUCGUCGCGUCUAAUAUGGCGUGUGGAUGGCAAGGUUGCAGGGUAUGUGAGAGAGGUGCCUGGUCUUAUUCAAGUAAUGGUUCGCAAUGCUGGACACAUGGUUCCUUAUGAUCAACCGCUGUGGGCAUUUGACAUGAUCAGUCGAUUCACAUCUGUGAAGUCUUUUUCAUCUCAUUAGUACAGUAUUGCUCUCUGUGAUAAACCAUUUUGAAAAUUACAUCCACAUUUAAGAACUUGAUCAUUAUAAAACAACACAGUUUUGAUACUCAAUGCCAUUCUCUUCAGUUAUGAAUCCUUCUAAAGAGGAUGCCUGUAAACUUGUCUUUUUUUUUUAUAUAAGUUUGUCUUAAUGUGAAGUUGAUUUUCAUACAUGACCUUCACAUUAUCAUGAACUUUUCCAAGUUUGAUAAACUGUAUUACAGUAUUUACUUACCUAACUUACUGAUCAUUGAAAUACUGAACAAUAAUCAUAAAUUUUUGUCUUGGAUUUAUACCAAGUGCUGCUGCUGACAAUGAAAUUAACUAGUAGCAGCAGGUUAGUUCUUCUGGUAGUUUCUCCUAAAAAAUAUCAGAAGAUGCUGUAGUGAGCUGGAAGUGAGGACAGCGAGGUGUGGAGUCAAGUGUGUCGAGAAGGGUGUGGCAGCUCAUUAAAUAACCUCAGUAAUGAUAUUGCAUUUCUAUUCUAAAAUAUGUUAUUGGUUACUUUGAUGGCAUCAGCUGGUAUUCUAGAAAAUUUUCGAGAUGAUGGAGGCGGUGGGCGAAGUUUACUGGCACCUCUCUGUAAUGAUUGUUUAUCAGACCACAGCUUACAGCCCAGAGAAGAACAGCACAUAUAGCAGUGACUGGAAGCGCAGGUGUGUACACCCUCAUAAGUUGACCCACCCUUCGUAAUUGAAGUGAGAUUAAAACCUGACCCAAGAGAGGUCACGGUCAAAAUGAACCAGAAUUCUCACCGCCGAGUCAUUAGCUACACCGCCUAGUCAUUAGCUAACCUGACGACAUGACCGUGUUACUCAAGAAGCUACCCUCCAGCCAGUACACCUGGCCAGACACACCCAGAUUAGUGACAACAUCUUCUGGCUUGUGACCUCCAAUAUAAGAGCCUGCAGCUCCUUCUAUGAGGGAUUACGAUUAGAACAGGGAAGGGGCUGACAGCUCCUUCUCAGAGACAGAAGCAGACAGGGAGAGACAGAACUCAGUCACACUCGUCAAAAGUCAAGGUCGGGAAGGAGACUCCCCUCCCCACUCCCAACACCGAGUCCCCAGCUAGCAGAGUCUCCCAUAGGAGAUAUAGUCCAGCACUCUCAUCAGCAUCACCUGCCACAUCCCCCAGCCGCUGGGCCUCCCUCAGGUCACACAUGAGUCAUUUUCAGAGUGAUCCGUAGGGUGAGUUACUUACGAUGAGAUGUGUAUCCAUUUCAUGUUUGUGUUGAGUCAUUGUCUAGUAACGUAAAUAUAAUAAUCUAUUAAUGUGUCUGUGUCAUUGAGUUAACUAAUAAAUAGCUGUACUUAGAGUUGGCAUUUAGAAAAUUCCCACUACCAAACUUUCCUCACUUUACAACCCUCCUCCUAUAAAUUCUUUCCUAUAUCUUCUACCCGUGUGACACUCAUUACAUCUCUGUCAUGCUGGAACUUCUAGAGAUUUCCAGACGUAUUUUCAACGAGUGAAGGAUAUGCAUUACAAUACAGUACUUUUAAGAAUUCCUAAUUGGUUGUGAAAAUGUAAUUAAAUUUAUUUUAGCCAAUUUUAUAUUGGGUUUGUUGUAGAAUUAAUUAAUAAAUGAAGACAAAGUAGUUGUGACUUGUUCCUUGUAAAGUAUUGUUUACUAUGCUGUUAUUACCAUCAAGGUUAGAGAGAUAAUUGGUCUUAUAAUUGUGAGUCUUACUAGGAAUGCUUGUGCUUUACAGUUGGGUUAACAUGUAACUCAUAUGCUAAUAUUAAAUUUGUAUGUAUAUUUUAGAGUAAAAAAGUAUUUGCUUACUGUGAUUCCAACAUCAUUAGUAACUGUUUCAGUAGACUCUAGUUCUAAUAGACCUCAACAUAGCCAUUAGGAUUGAGCCCCAGUCAUAAAGGUUAGAUUAGGUUGGGGAUCAUUUAUUGGGCCCAGUACAUUUUACUACAUUUGAUAACUUGGUGUAAUACAUGAAAGUCAUACUGUUAAUAAAGGGAGAAUGUU